UUCGGGGGGGUCGACCCCACUAGACAAGCGGUUGUGGACAUUGGUAUCGAGUUUACAACGCAGUCAUGUAAAGGUAAAGAAAAGAAACAGUAAAAGAAAAAGUGACGGUUGAACAAUGAAUGAAUCAGUGACUCGGGCCGGGCUCGGACGGUUCCCGGUCAGAAGAAUCAUGCCUGAAGCGAAAGUGAAAGUGAAAGGCUGCAACGAUCAGCGCAAAAAAAAGAAACCACGAAAUAAAUGAUGAAGGGAAGAGAAGAAAACACACCCUAAUAUUUCCUCUUUCUGUGGAUUCCCGAGCCGUGUCGCAGUGUAGACGCGCCUCUCCGGUUGGUGCCGCGCUCGCGACUUGCGAAAGAGGCUCUCCGAAGAUGAUGCAGCGUGUUCGCGUCGCGCUCUGCGUGCUGCUUGCGGCGGAGAUCGGGCUUCAUCAGGAUUCCCGCGUGGCGCGUGCAGGAGGUGUCGACGAUACAUGUUCAGUUCCACCACACAAGAAUCACACUGUACCCUUCAACCAAAUGGAGCAAUACCCAGAGAAAACCCGGCUGCGCUACACCUGUAAAGAUGGCUACCUGAGGAAGGCUGGAACUUCAAGCCUCAUCCAGUGCAAAAGGAACGGUACCUCACUUUGGUGGGACAACGUCAGCGGAUCAGUGUCACUUGUCUGCAUACCGCAUCCACAACAGUCACCACCCAAAGAAGCCAAUCCAAAAAGGACGGAAUCUCCCAGCACAGCGUAUCCCUCCCAACAGGUUGAGACCACUUCUCCAGGACUGGAGGGCCAGUCAACAGCAGUAACCUUAGAUCACAAAACAGCACCGCUUAACAUAACGACGAUGACAAGGACAACAACAGAAAAGUCUACAUCUGCAGAAAAGACAACACCCACAGAAGAAGACCUUACAACCAACACAGUUUUUGUCCCAAAUGAGACAGCCUCUGUAUCUCCAUCCAGUGUUGAAUCCCCAAAAUGGACUGUUAGUGCAAUGAAAACCUCACCCACACAGUCCACCACGUCUACAGCCACAUCUGCUCCUUCCACCCAAGACAGCGACACCAGAGCAGCUACUUCCAGUUUGAGUACGCAGUCCUACACCACAGCAACCACGACCACUGGAAGAAAUGGCACUGUGGAAAAACAUUCUAAUGAAGUGGCAACAUCAGUUGCUGCAGUCAGUGCUGCAGUUAUUGUCUUGGUUGCCUUUGUGGUGGGAAUACAGCUGCUGAUACGACGACGGAGGUUUAGCCAUUUGCCAGUCCCACAAGAAGAAAGAGAGUUUGUAAACCCUACUGUGACACUCCACAGUCAAGCUGCACAGCUGUUAAACAGUCCCACAGAUCCUGCUGCCACAAACAACAGUUAAAUAUUAUUUGCUUAA